AUGACUGGGUGGACGAAUUACUCGGUUGGCAGUGGAAGCCAAGCAGGAGAAGAAGACGGGCCCAUUUCCGUCGGCGGUGAUAAUCCCGCGUGCUGUCCCUUGCUGAUCUUCGGCAAAGCCUCCGAAUGCCAAUACCAGCCGAGACACAAGCCCGGCCUCAAGCCCGGCGCGGUUGAGGCGUUAACGCGUCGCGUCGAGAAAAUCCUCUUGGACGACAAAGGAGAAAUCCGGACUCAGUUUAAGGAUGAUGGCGCGACUGCCAACAAUCAUACCGUCAGUCCCGGGCAUUCUGAUGCCGCGAGGGAAGUCACGCCCCGUGUCGAAGAAGUUGUUCGGAGCGCCGAACCUCCCCCUGAGUAUCGCCGCUUAGCCAAAGCCACAGAGAAUGUAACCGGGGUACGAGAAGAAAAUGUAGCGUCAAAUCCAUUGAAGCGACGCCUUGAGAUGCCAGUCAGCGAGAAUCGCCUAUUUCCAUUUGAGAAUGUCGACAUUGCAGAACACCUGCCGCCCCAGCCACUUCUCGAAAAAGUUGCAGACUUCUUCUGCGUCUCUUUUCAUCAUUGGAUCCCUUAUAUACACAAGAAAAGACUUCAAGAUCGCGUACGCCAAGGCUCACAAGAAGCUGGACACGUGCUCGUCCUCCAUGCGUUGGUUGCUGUUACCCUGCGGCACAUGGAUGCUAAUGUGUUGUUCAUGGAUGGCGACCAGAUAAGUCAGCAGACCAGAGUUUCUCGUAUGAUUGUAGAGACGCACGCAAUGCGCAAUGUUACCAUCGAAAGCCUACAGGCCCUUGUCUUUCUGGUCUUUGAUCUCCUCAAUGAUGGCCAGCCCGAAAGAGCAUGGCCGCUGAUCGGAUCGCUCACUAGGACGAUUGACUAUCUGCAGCUUACGGUCGAACCAUCAACUUCGCAGGCCGGAUCGCUUAUGGAGCCUGUGCGUCUGGUAAAACCUUCAAACGACUGGACAGAACUGGAAGAGCGUCGGCGACUGUUCUGGGUCAUCUUUCUGCUCGAUCGGUUUUGUUCAGCGUCCACUGGUUGGAACACGAGCCUGACAGCUGAUGACGUACAUCGAAGAUUACCAGCAGAUGGUGGAUACUUUACGCGUGAAGAGCCCGUUACAACGCCGUACUUUGGUAUAUGGAAUAAAGCAGCAGCUCGGAUAGGGCGCUCUUUGGCAAAUGUACCUGCGCAAUACAACGACGAGGACCCACGGAUUGAUCAGCCUCAGGGUGCUAGUCCGAUGUCAGCCAAUGGUUAUAUUGAUGCAUCCAAGCUUGGGGCAUUUGCGUAUUGCGUUGAAGCAACCGAGAGUCUGAGCCAGGUUACAACGUUUUUUCUCCAGCAAAGGAUCAAUUGGCAGGACAAAGAGCAUGCUGUCAGUUGGUUGACUCGCUUUAAAGAGCUGGAUCUAAGGCUUGUGCAAUGGAAGAUGUUCCUGCCACCCAGAUGGAAGGAUUCAAAUAUUUCUCCUGACAGAGCCGUUGUGGAUAUGGAUCCGAAUCUCACACUGGCGCAUAUCACGCAUAACACGUCGAUGAUUCUUCUCCACCAUCCUAUCGGAUACCCGCCCCGUGCAUGGAGUGGCUUCGUGGCCCUGCCCAAGGAAUGCAGCAUUCAAACAUGCGAGCUAGCUGCUGUCGAGACCUCCAACAUUGUCGGCAAAUUCCUCGCCCAUACUCUAAUACCGUUUGUCAACGUACAGUUCUCGUUUUGCGCAUUCGUUGCAGCUAAAGCGUUGCUUUUUGAUCACCAAGCCUCACGACAACCUCUACGACCCGAAUUCCAACGCCUGGUCCGCGAUCUCUGGGAAAUGGCAACAAGAUGGAGGGGCAAAAGCGAAGUAAACACGAAACCCUGCAAUCAAGCUGGCAUGUACGCCGACCACCUCGAGCAAUUACUAGAAGCCUGUAAAAACGACCCCAACUUCCGGUUCGACUUUUACGACCACGCGGGACUUGCACUAGACCCACAGACAUAUUCCAGUCCAACCUAUGCAGCCACGCCUAAACCCCGCUCUGGAAGCCUUGCCCACGACCCGACGUUGAUGAGACUCCACGGACGCAACAACAGUGUCCACAGCGCCCAAUCAAUGCUGAGCCCAAGACAGGUACCACCCGCGGACAAGACAAGAUCCAUAGCCGCUUCAUCCCCAUCAAGAUACGAUCAAAACCAUGGUCGCAUACCAACCGCGCAUUCUCUAUCGCCAAGUGGAGUACCCCACGUAUAUCAGUCUCCCUACGUACCUACAAACUACCCCAACCACGCCCUGUCUGUUCCUCAAAUCAGCGCCAAUCCCACACCAACAGCCGGCUCGCCUCUUCCUCCUUACAACACGAUUGUCACACCAGGCAAUCAGCAGAGCGUGCAAGAUCAAUCUCUACUCAAUCUUUCAGAUGCCCUGAUGGAUUCGCAUUUCCUCGACAUGGACCGCGUCAUUACAUUUGAAGAUGCGAAUUUCUUUAUCCCGGGGGAUGCGUUUCGGUGGCAGUAAUGGCAGGGGGUAAUUCUUAGACAAUGUUAUGUUGGCGUUUUCUUUUGGGGGGGGGGGGGGUAAUGAUAUCCUGUUGCUGGUGUAUGAUCGAUACAUGGAAUUUGUAUAGGGCUUAGAUUGAUACAUUGGCGAAGCGCUGAGAUUUUCAAUCCCCUUUACAAGUACCACGGUACCCGUACUUGGGCGUACCAAACUGAAGGACCAUCGAUUACAUGAUUUUGAUGAGAGCUCUAUGGAGCUUUUUCACUCUUAUCUAUAGGGCUUUGUUGAUGCUUUGUGAUAAAUCUUGACAAAGGCAUGUGGUAGUAGGUAGAAGCUCUCUGUGACAAAGGAGGGGACGUCGUAAGAAUAAUACUAGAACGAAAGGCGGUUGUGAUGAAAGAUGACUAC